AUGGAGACAGCAACGGGGAGUCGGUUGUUAGGUGAGGUUGUUGAGAUGAGCCUUGAAGACGUCCUUCGAAGCUUACGCUCUUCACUCCCUCUGGAUACCAAUGGCUUAAGCAGUCGGGAUCAGGUCCAGCAUCAACCUCAAAUCCAACCAACCAAACUUACACAUAUAUCAGAACUUGAUGAGAUCACGGCCGCUCACUUCCAUACCACAAAAUCUGCUGGUCUUGGCAUAUCUGGUCGCCAUCUACCACUCCUGUACAGGCUCAUAUCAAACCUCAUCUGUCCGCCGCACCUCUACGCCAUUCUGGUCAUCGACAUUGAAGGUCGUUUUGAUGCCACGCGCCUGACUUGUUCACCAUCUCAUCUGCAACACGUCUACGUCCAUCGACCAGCACGAAGUGAUCCAGAGCAUACUCGUGUUCUUGUAGCUGAGGCAGAGGGCAUUCUUCUCUAUGGCAGCGUCGCACAGGCGAGUGCCGGCCGCGAAUGGUGGGGGACUAUCGUUGUAGGUGGCGUUGGGGCUGGUGAUAUCGCAGCAGGCUGGAAGGGAUGGUUACGUGUUGAUCGCGAGAAUGUCCGUGGCUUCGCACCGGGUGUCAGCGCAGAGGAAGCUUUGGACCAGAAGAAGCAGAGACAAGAUAUCGUAGAUGCAGCUGGCUGGGUAGCUACCUCGCAGUGGGGAGGUUUCAUCUUCAAGGAGGCUGAUGAGAAGAUACUGGAAGAGGAUGCGGACCCAGAGGAAGCCUUGGAUAAUGAUGAGAGAGACGAGAAUACCCGAGACUGA